AAUUAUUUUCAAACCUGACAAUUAAACCUAAGUACGAGCUACCCUUGUCUAGUAUAAUAUAUAGAGUGAGAUUUGUUGAGUAGUGUAGACACCGAAUGUAUUGAGCCAUUUUUUCGCCGUGGACUUUUAAUGUAAGUUUUACUAGUUGGAUAUUUUCUUAUUUAAUAAGUAUAUAAUUUUAAUUUUUAGGUUAAAUUUAAUAUUUGGGAGAGGACACUCCUAUGUAAAAUUUAUGGGUCCGCCCCUGACAACUUUCCUACGAGCAUCACUUUGUGACAUGAUUCGGCUGGGAGAUGCAGACUUUGAGAACCCGAUUUGUGGGCUGGAAGAGAGCGGGCAGAGUAAGGAGAUCUACAUCAUCAGCGGGUUGAGAGCCGUGUGCGACGGGAAUAGAGAAGACUAUGGUGGGAACUACAAGAGUCAAGGACAGGAAUCAAAGGGGAAACUACAGCCGACGUCGCGGGAUAUUCUGUCGGAAACCUAGAAUGGAAAGUUGAAUGCGAAUGGACCACAAACAAAAUGGAGGACUGGGAACCGGAUAAUGGGGUAGAUUAAAAGUUAAAAAAAACAUCAAAUAUUUUUUCCCAAGAUGAUGUGGCGUGAAGUUGCCCAGUUGGCGAUGACGUGUCAUCCAAGUGGCAUCCACCUCAGCGACAUGUAGAGGUUACUGAAAUGGCUAAAAUUGUUAAGAAAGUUUGAAAAAAGUG